AUCAUUCAAGUAGAUAUUGUUGAAUUGUUAACAACGCUCAUGUUGACGAGUUUUUAAUUAUUUAAUGUAUUUGUUAUUCUGUCUAUGAGCGAAACAGAGAGAAAGGGACAGACAUAUACAGAGGCCAGGGCCACAGUCAGAGAAAAAGAGAGCGACAGCUUGCAUAUAAUCAGCGGGAACUCUACGACGCCAAGCGAGCAAAAGCAGAAAAAAAAGAAAACGCAAAAGCAAAGCAAACAAAAAAGACAAAAAUCAACCCAAAAUAUGGGAAACAACAAUCGACAAAACCAAAAUAUAACCAACAAAGCAACGAAAUUGAACAGAAAUGUUAUAAACCAUUAAUAACUGUAAUUUGUAAAUGUUCCGUAACCACAAACCACGCCCACGCUGAAACUACUUUUCGCUCAAUUUGAAACCUAAACGCGAUAUGUCAUCCGUUGUGGCUGGCGAAACGCCGUUAAUAAAUCUAGCCGAAGAUCUCGAGGAUGGCGAGAUCGACGAUGAUGAUGAUGAGGAUGAGCAACAGCAGCAAAAGCCGCCGCUGUCGCAGCAGCAAAGUCAAAUACAACAUCAAUCAAAGCCAACGGCUUUUAAGGGCUGCGGCUCCAACGAUGAGGUCCAAUUUGUGGGCAUUGAGCGCCUGAGCGAGAAGCACGACGAUGACGUCAUAUUCCUGGGCAGCGAAACGGCUGUCCCCAACAAUAGCAAAUCCAAGAAGCCACGCCCACUCGAAGACGAUCAUGCGGUCAGCAUUGAAAAUGCCAUUGCCAAAGCGCUCAAGAAGGGGGGCAUUGAGCCGCCCCUGCCCAAGCUAAAUAACAGCAACAACAAUAACAGUGAUGCCGACAGCGCUGCCAACGCCAUCGGUGACAGCGGCAGCGCUGCCAUCGGCCUCGAUAGCUCCCAGCUUGGGGGACAGCAGCAUCAGCCGGCGGCAAGUCGCAGCAGCCGUCGACGCAAGCGCAAAAAGGAACGCGAACGCGAGCAGAAGAAAGACAAGGAACAUCAGAAACGUGCUCGCCGCGAUUCGAUGGAAGACGCCGGCGGAGCUGGUGCCAGCGAUGACAUGGACAUGGACGAAUACGAAAUGAUGAAUGUGCGCGGCGGCAGCCCGCCGCCAGGUGGCGCCACAGGCAGCUCAACCAAUGCCCCGGCGCUACGCUACGGCAGCGAGUGGUCUGGCCUGGGGGAGGAGCCGAGCUUCGAAUCGCCGCCAGAGAACUACAGCAGCUACGAGUCCUACUCGGACGACGAGCCGGCCAACGUGGCGGCCAUUGGCACUGCUCAGCGUCGCCGUCACCGGCGUGACCGCGAGAAAGAUAUGCGCGGCGGACGCAAGCGACGGGAUCGGGAGCGCGAUCGCGAGAGGGAUCGUGACAACGAUAGACGGCACGACGGAGGCUUAGCCAUGGGCGGCGGUGUCGGCGGAGGAUCUGGCAUGGGUGCGGGUGGCGGAUGCGGUGGAUCCGGUGGCGGUGGUGGAAGUGGAGUCGGCGGAGGACUUGGCGGCAAGCGCAAUCGUCGCGACUCCAACGAUGACAAAUUACGCGAGCCCCGCAAACUGGAGCUGUGCAAGUUCUACCUGAAGGAUUGCUGUGCGAAGCGCGACAAGUGCAGCUACAUGCACAAGGAGUUCCCGUGCAAGUACUACUACCUGGGCAUGGACUGCUAUGCCGGCGAGGAUUGCCUCUUCCAUCACGGCGAGCCGCUGACCGAGCAGCUGCGCAACAUUCUGCUGAAGCACAUGGAGACGGCGCCCAAAGAGAUCCUGGGCGACUUCAAGCGCAUCUCACGUGACAUUGCCCUCAGCCAGAUGACCCGCCGGCACGAGCAGCUGUGCGACCAGUACCACAUGGACAAUACGUGGACGACAUUGGCCAGCGCCGGCAUCAGUCGACUGCAGGAUCCGCAGCAUGCGGCGGUAAAGGCAGCUGCCCAGGUGGCCAAUCAAGCGGCGGCCAUUGCGGCGGUCAAUGCCAAUCUGCAGCAACAACAGAAGCAGCAACAGCAGCAGGCGGCAGCAGCAGGAGCAGGAGGAGGAGGAGGAGGAGUAGGAGCUGCUAGUGGCGUGAUACCCUCGCUGCUCGACAUGGUGAUCAACCCGCCCAUCAAUCUGAAUCAGGGCGACUCUAAGCCCGAGAAGAAGCGCAAAUCGCGCUGGGCCGAGAAAUCGGGCAGCAAAUCUGGAGGGGGAACGGGAACGGGUGCAGGAGCAGCAGCAACAACUCCAACGGGUUCGGGAUCGGAGACAGGCACAGGCACAGGCCCAGGCACAGGAUCAAGCGCUGGAGCAGGAAUCGCUGUUCCGGCUACAAGCCCAGCUGCGCCAAGUGCAGCCGCUGCUAAGCCCUUACCCGCCCACCUGGAUCUGGUGAAUCUGACGCACGUGCUCAGCGCCGAGCACAUGGCCAAGCUGAACAAGCUGGGCAUUACGAAUCUGGAGCAGAUGCUCCAGGUGCCCUUCGGCCAGCUGACCGAGGUGGGACUAACGCUGUCCGAGCUGGGCGAGAUCCAGCGUAAGGCCGAGGAGGCAAAGCCAGUUCAAUCGGGAACAGCAGCCGCUGCACCAGCGACGGAGACCAAAACCAGUAAGACGGAUCAGGACUCGAGCAACCUGAACACCAUUCUCAGCUCGAAUAGCAACAGCAACAGCAACAACGGCUUCAUCAUGGUCGACUAUACACAGUAUCUGAAGGAUGCCCAUGUCAACUUUCCAGGCAGCGAUCCGCUGGACGAUGAUCGCGAAGAGGACGACGAGCAGCUGGUCAUCGACGAUGGCAACGAGGAUGAGGACGGCGACGAGUCUGAGUCGGAUGCCAAGUCAAAGAAAUCGAAACGUGCCAGUGAGGAGGAGGAGAAGAAACCACUAUCCCAGUCGGACAUCGACGAGGAUGCACCGCCCAUGCCAUCCGUGUUCGAUCUGCCCACCUUUAUGAGCAACAUGCUCGGCCAGAAGUCAACGCUGGCGACAGCUGCAGCUGCCACGACGGUUGCAUCGUCGCCCAGCACACCGGACCCGCACCGGGAGAGCAGUCCGCCCGCAUCGGCCAGCAAGUCACCGCCGGCAGGAGGCGGACUCUUUGAUAAGCUGAUAUUUAGCUCCUUCUACAAUCCAUUCAAAACGAACAGCGGCGACAAUGCGGCGACUGAUGAUGGCGAGAGCCGUGAUGCGAAUGCCACCAGUGAUAGCUACAGCUUCUUGGAUGCCGUCCACUAUUCCAAUUCCAAUUCACGCUCCAUGACGCCGAUCCCGACGCCCGAGCCGGGCUCACAAUCGCCCAAGGGACUGGGCGGGGGCGGGGAUCAGCUAUCAUCAUCGAAUGCCACAACGCUGGCCGCGUCCAAUGCGACGAGUGCCUCGCUCUAUGUGCGUCGCUCCAUGUACGACUACGAGCCGGCCAAGGCGGCGCUGGAGGAUGCGCGCGCGACUGCCGAGAAACGCGAACGGGAUCGCGACAUCGAUAUGCGACUGCCAUUCGAGCCAAUGAAGCACUACUUGCCCGCCACCGAGAUCGAUGCGGCCAUCUUCUCGCACAUCCCGAUACGCUGGCAGUUGCAGGAGGUGCUGGUGGAGCCGCCCUGCUAUUCGCAGCUGCGUCAGAGCGCCAGCCACAAGGAGCAGCGCGAGGUGCGUGAUCCGCGCGUGCGCCGCAUCCUCGGCCUGCCGGAGCUAACCGACGAUGCAGCCACGGACGCUAGCUCAACCGUGAUCGGUGGCCAUGGCAGCUCCAGCUUCGGCUCGGCAUCUGGCUUCUCCACGGAGCGUCGCGAGCGCAAGGUGAGCAACUGCAUCGCCUCGCCCGAUGCUCAGCUGUUGGACACGACGCCCAGCUCGCCGCCGCCGCCUGCCAUACUGGCUUCGUUGCCCUCCAUGAGUGUGCCGCCGCCCAUGUCUGCGGUCAACACCUCCACAUCCAGCACCGUGACCAUCGCCUCAUCCGGCAGUGAGCCAGCCAUGGCAACUGGCGGUGAUCCGCGUCGCAGUGAUCCACGUCGUGACCCACGGCGAGCGCAUUUGAAUGUCAGCAGCGCCAACGUUUCAUCAUCCUCCGGCACCGGCUCCGGCUCCGUCUCUGGCACCGGCACCGGCUCCGCCACGGGCUCCUUCAACGAUAGCGGACGCCAGAUCUCCGAGAUACGCAAUCUGCUGCAGAGCUCCAACUGGUACAAGCAGCUGGGCAGCAACAACAAGAUCAUGGUCAAUCAACAGCUCGCCCUGGUCUUCACCGAGCUGAAGAAGUUCCACCAGCAGGACUCGCCCAACAAGAUCUUCGACGUGAGCUUCAUUGUGACAAACCAGACGCUGCAGCAGAUCUUCGCCAAGCUGCACAUCUACAUCGAUGACAACGGCCUGGUCGUUCAGCUGCCCGAGGAGCCGCCCCAGAAUGUCGGCUCGGUGGUGGUGCCCAACUUGCCGCCCGUUCUGCCCAAUAUGUCGCAGCCGCCGCCGAAUCUUAUCCAAAUGCUCCGACAGCCGCCACCCAAUGUCGGCCGCAUGAUGCCCAUGGGCAUGGGCAUGCCCCAGUUCAAUCAGCCGCCGCCUCAGCGCACCAACAGCAUCCUGGGCAUGCCGCCGCACGGCAUGGGCGUCGGCGUCGGUGUGGGCGUGGGCGUGAUGAACAACAAUCCGUUCAAUCCGUUCGCCGGCAACAAUCUGAAUCUGAAUAAUCUCAACAAUCUGAACAACCUGAACAACCUGAACAACUUGAACAACCUCAAUAUGAAUAUGAAUAUGAACGGCAUGAAUAACAUGAACAACAUGAACAACAUGAAUGGCAUGAAUAUGAACAACCUGGGCGUGGCGUUCAAUGGCGGCGGCGGCGGUGGCGGCAAUGGUAUGCAGGGACCAGGACCGGGACCAGGUCUCGGGCCAAAUGGGCCGUUCAAGAACUUUGGACCGGGUGGCAACAAUCAGGGAGGCGGUCGGCAUUUUAUGGGUAAUCGGAAUCGGGGAGGCGGCGGUGGUGGUCAUCGUAAUCGCAACUAGAAGGAAAUUCUGAGAGAAUACUGGGAGAAUACUGUUCACAGUGAAAAGAAAAAUGCAAACAUUCAAGAACACAC